AUGCCUGGCGAUAUCGAUCAGUUUAAAGAUAAAUUCGAGCAAGGGCAAUGGAUUCUCUUAUGGGGGUUCAAGGUCGUGGAGGAAUCAAGAUCUAUGCGAACUACUAAUUCUAGAUACAGGAUCGAGAUACUCAAUUCUAUGCUGGAAGCGAGGGCAAAAGGUUUGCUAUUGCGCCCAACACGAUUUUAUGACAUUUUUACAAGAGGCAUCGACAGCCAGUAUCUCAUAGAUAUUGUUGGCUUGUAUAAUGUUGGAGAGAUCAAGGAAUGGCCAGUUACGGCAUACCGAUACAGGGACUGUGAAUUACAAUUUGACCUUAUUGAUGCAACGAGAGAGGCAGUUCUGAUGUGCUUUGCAUGUGGAGAUCUGGCGAAGGAGUUUCACAGACUGUACCAAGAGCGAAAAGAUGGAAUCGUUUUCUGCUUUCUCAGAUAUUGGAGAUUAGAUUAUCAAGGUUGCAAUGGUUCGAUCAUCUUAUGCUCCACGGGAUCCUGCUCUAAUUUUCUCUUCGAUCUUAUUGAUAAAGAUGUCCAAGAUUUCAAAGACGUGUAA